GUGUUAGUGUCUUGUCUUAUCCUGUCAAUUCCAGCUGUUUUGGUCUUAUUCGGAUUAAUCAAAGUUCAAAAGUGAAGCAGUUUAUCUUGGUGAAACCUUACAAGUUAUUAGUUUUAUAAAUAUAAUGAUUACUUCUAAAGAAAUACUUUAAAAACAAUGAAUUCCUCAAGUCUAGUGACGAAAACGGCAGACGAUCUACAUUGCUCCAAAGAUGCCUUGACCGAUAAGUUUGGAUUGUUCCUUCAGAUCCUUCUAGCAUGUUUGGCAUUUACUUGCCUAAUUGCUAAAAGAUUCUGUGAACCAAGAUUAGAAAGAAGAUCGUGGUUGAUAUGGUUUUACGAUACUUCUAAACAGGGAAUGGGCUCGAUGGCUAUCCACUUAGCAAAUGUUUGGCUAGCGGGGCAAUACAAAGGGGACCCUUGUACUUGGUAUUUAAUAAACUUUCUCUUAGAUUCAUCCUUGGGUCUGUUAAUUAUAUUUAUCGGAAUUAGACUUAGCCAGUACUUAUCUAGGAGAAAAGGAUGGGAAUCCAUCAAUUUUGGCGAAUAUGGUAAACCGCCAUCUGCGAAUGCAUGGAUGAUACAAUGCUGCCUUUAUGUAUGUCUUAUGCUAAUAGUAAAAGGAUCAAUAACAUUAUUUAUGCAAUUAAACUUUUGGCAGAAUGUGAAAGACUUUAUCAUGUCGCCUAUACCUAACGCUAAGGUAGAGGUUGCUUUUGUGAUGUUGAUUAUACCGUUUUUUGUGAAUAUGUUAAUGUUUUGGGUAACCGACAACUUCUUAAUGUACAAAGACCCAGCGAAGAGGAGAUAUAGUGGUACCAGAGAAAGUCUUCUAAGGAGAAUGCACGUGAAAUACCGAACUCUUACGAGGAAACGUCGUGUCGAUUCUGAAAGUGAUGUUUUAUUAUCAGCUGACGAUGAAUUGUUGGACAACGAAUCAGUGCCAAUAACCAGGACUGUCGAUACUUAAAAACUGAUCAAGGAACUCUUACAUUCCUCCAAUAAAAUAAGUGACAAAAGGUGUACCAAAUAUACUUCGACGCUAGUUUUAGAUAGUACCUAGUCGUAGGAUUUAAAUUUUAUAAUAUUUUAUAUACAUACCAAUAAUUUAUUGACUUGUAGAGACGUAUAAAACCGUGCCUCAGUUUAUUAGACUAGAAAUAUACAUUCCUAUAAGUGUAUGUUAAGUUCACACUUAACAAACGAAUUGUUAACUGUAACGAAAAUUUUGAUGUCUUCAAUCGGCUGUAAACAUUACCAGAACAACAGUUUUUAACUAAAACAAUCAUUCAACACAGUUACAGAUAAGAUGGAACAGGUAAUCAGCGAACAGCAUCUCCAAAACUGUUGUAAGGCUGUUGAAAAACUGUUACAUUUAACAUACAACUGCUAAGCAAACUUAGAGCAGUUUUGAGCUGUUUAAAAAUUGGUAGCCCCUCAAAAUGGUUCUAUAGGUGUUCCAUAAUAAAUUGUCUCACGAUAAUGAACGAAUGACAUGUCCAAAAAUAUUGUAGGACUGUUGAAAAACUGUUACAAUUAACAGCCAACUUCCAAACAAACUUGGAGCAGUUUUGAAUAGUUAUAGAAUUCGUAACUCUUCAAAACUGUUUUAGAGGUGUUCCACAACAAAUUGUAACGCGAUGAUGAACAAAUAACGUGUAAAAAACUGUUGUACGACUGUUGAAAAACUAUCACAUUCAACAGUAAUUAACGAGAAUGUCUACAUAACAAAUUCAGAACAAUUGCCCAAAAAAUUUGGAGUAGUUAUUAACAGUUCGAAAUUUCGUAACCCCACAAAACUUAUCUAGAGGUAUUCCUAACAAAUUGUCACACUCAGUAGUCCUCAUCGCGAAUAAAGUAAAACUGGUAACCUGUACAAAAUUGUUCUGAAGGUGAAACAGAUAAUGAACGAAUAACAUAUCCAAAACUGUUGUAGGACUGUUGAAAAAUUGUCACAUUCAAUAGAAAUUAUCGAGAAAAACCACAUAACAAAGGUAGAACAAUUGCAGAGAACGUGGAACAGAUAAUGAACGUAACAUGUCCAAAACUGUUGUGGGACUGUUGAAAACCGGUCACAUUCAACAAAAAUUAUCGAGAAAAAUCUCAGAACAAAGCUGGAACAGUUGCAGACAAGGUGAAACAUAUAAUGAACGGGCGACAUGUCCAAAACUGUUGUAGGACUGUUGAAAAACUGUUACAUUCAACAAAAAUUAUAGAAAAAAACCUCAGAACAAAGCUGGAACAGUUGCAGAGAAGGUGGAACAAAUAAUGAACGGGUAAUAUGUCCAAAACUGUUGUAGGACUGUUGAAAAACUGUUACAUUUAACAGUAAUGAUCGAAAAAAUUGCACAACAAAGCCGGAACAGUUGCAGGGAAGGUAUAACAGGUAAUGAAUGACUAAUGUGUCCAAAACUAUUGUAUGCUGUUGAAAAACUGUGACGUUCACAGUAAUUAUCAAGAUCUAAUAUACACAACUAUGGAGCAAAUUUGGAACAGUUUUCAACAGUUAGAGAACUGGUAAUGCUACAAACAAGUUCUAGAGGUGUUACAUAACUGGAGUCGGUAGUGGACGGUGCUAGUAGUAGGUAGUAGGUGCAAUGAGAAAUUUUUUUGUAAAUAAUUGUCCCAAAUUGUCACACUUAGUGUGAAGAGACUGAGAGAGUGUGAAGAGUAAAAUCUACACUGCAUUUGUCAAAAGAAUUAUUUUCAUAGAUGAAGAAAGCCUUUUUGGGCCAGUAUUUAAUAAUGAUAUAUUUACGUUUUUCGUCUCUACAUGUCAGUGUUACAAUGUAAUGCAAGUCAUUGUACCAUAAAGUAGCUGGAAAGGGUUUUUUAAGAUGAAUAUAGCAAGUGAAAGCAAAUGGCAAAUGAUAAAAAAAAUAAACUAAACUAGCACGUGGUGAUUUCCAUUUAAUAUCAAUAUUUGGUACAUUCAAGAUGAGUCAGUGGACAAGGUACCUUCUGGAUCAUUUUCCAGUAUGGUGUCCAUUGCUGACGUCAAAAGGGAUAGAGAUAGUGAACAUGAGAGUGAGGUAGAGAUAAAGAAGCAAACAUAGAAAGAAAGAAACCCGAUGAUGGAUCCUUCAACUGCUGUAGCUGAGGUUUAUAAAUAAAUAUCAUUUGCACAUGAAUUGUGGUUGAGGGUCCUUUGCCGUAUACUUUUAAACUAAUUACAUAUCCGAUUAUAUUAAUUGUUAAACUUAAUCCAUUCCUAAAUUAUUCAUAAACCCUUUGCAGCGAAUAUAUGUGAUAUAAGAGAUAAGAUGUUUAGUUUAUAGAUUCAGAGAUUAAAACAUUGUGUUGGGUCCGUUUUUGUUGACUGAUUUUGCCUAGAACAGAUUCCGUUUAUGGUGCCUUAUUGAUAUUAUUACGUAUACAAUUAUUAUGAGAUUAAAGAAUAGUCGCAUAGAAAAUUAAAAGCUGCAGCUCUGUCCAGGUGUUUGUUCUAGGAUUUAGAAAGAAGCUAAUAUUUUUAAGUAGUUGUAAAAUACUGCAAAUGUAUACCAAACAAGUUUGUGAUGAGACAAAUUUUUGUUAAGUGAAAAAAUCAUUUUGGUGGAUGAUAAUAAUUGAUAUUGCGUGAUAUUGAAGAAGACUUAAAGAUAUCAGAAAACAGAGUCUUUAUUAUUUUUCUUGAAUAUUUUUAAGCGAUGAUGCUAUAUUCAAACCAUACUAAUCCCUGUUUUUAAACCAGGAGGAGUAAACUCAAAACACACCCAAUGAUGUCACUAGAAAAAUCACCAAAUACAUCUUCUUUUUUGGUUGAUAACGUCGGCAUUCGUCGGUAAUCCAUAAAUAUUAUAUUAUACUAAUUCGUCGCUAAAGAGUUCUAAAACAACUGUUUUUUGUUGUAUAAAAACAGACUAAACAUAUAAAAAUUAAAGGAAUAACGCAGAAAACACAAAAAAUCGCCGAACUUAAUUAACCUAUCAAAUGUCAAUAGUGUUGAAAUUUCAUAACAGUGGAGUCACAGCCACCUUUAAGUACUUUACAAGCCAUGAAGGGAAAAAGGCAACGUCGCAAUUGAUGACGUCGGUAGUCUGACUUUCGGACUACCGCUUUCGAAACUAUAUUAAGCUAUAUUAAUUAGAAUCUUUUACAAAAUCAAAUUAAAAGUAAUUCCUUGUAAGUGACGUUUAUUAUACAAAAAACAAACAAUGACAAGAACAUGUGUAAAAUACUUUAUUUUAAAUAAAUAAUAUCUUAUUUUAAAUUACAGUGGAACCUCGAUAACUCGGAUUAAUCGGGACCGCGACCGAUCCGGGUUAUCGAAAAUCCGAGAUAGCCGGAGAAUAUGGUAAAAAUUAAUAAAAUACGGUAUACUUACAGAUAAACUCCGUUGGAAUUGAAAUAACAUGAAAUAUAUUUAUAAAUAUGCACAGUACCUACUCAUUAAAAUUACUAAAAAAACACCAAACCCAAACGUAAGCAAAUGGAAGCGAACAAUACAAGACACACAAUACUAAAGACCAUUGUUUAUAAAAGAAUUUUUUAAAUAGUCUUUCCUAAACAAUGCUGACAGUUUGAAAUAAAAAGGAAUAUAUACUACAGACAGCUGGCUGUUGUUUCUGCGGCGUGUGCUAUGAGUCAUUUUUAAUAUCGUAUACAUAUUGUAGUUCAAAUUACACACAUAGGUACACAUUAUCUCUCAAAUAUUAUAUUACAUACAUUUUUAUUGUUGAAAGGUUUGUCUGAUAAUUAACUAUUUUGAUUGGAAAUAAGCCACAAUUAAAUUGAAAAAUACAAAAUAUUGAAAAUCAAAAUGUUUAUCUGAUGAAAAUCGGUCCGGGUUAGCCGGACUUCCGGGUUAUCGGGGGCCGACUUAUCGGGGUUCCACUGUAUAUACAAAAUAUCGCUAGAAAUAACUAUAAAACAAUUGCUCACAAUGUUUGAUGUGCAGUGUUAGGGUUUAGAGUAGAUAACUGAUAACUUUCUUUUUUGUUAUCGCCCUUAUCGUUUUUUUUAUACUUUUUUGAAGAUUCAAUACUUUGAUGGCUGCUAUUUUUGUACAAUUAUUUAAAACAAUAUUACAUAUAAUUUUUAUAACAGCACAAUAAACUUUGAAGGCAUUUUCCCCACAUUCACACUAAAAUUCAAAAUUUAAGUGAAAUCCUUCAUGCUGUUGUAAACUUUUCAUUACAAAAGAUCAUAAUAACAUCAGGUGACAAUAAUUAUUUUGAAAAAUAAUUUUUUAAGAUUGGGAUUGUUAUAAAUAAAUAAAUAAAUAAAUUUUACUGAAUCCGUUGCUAAGCACAAACCAUCCCUUUGCAAAUAAUCAUAGUAAUCUGCUCCAAUUGUCUCUCCUUUACCGCAAAAAAACAAGCUGUUUGAACUAGAAUCAUCUUAAUAACAUAACUUUUAAAGCUCUUUAUAAUUUGUAGCACGAAAUAUUGUAAAAUUUUUCAGUUUCUCUGUAAAUAUGGUGAAUAUUGUAUAGAAACAAAUGAGAACUGACAGACUUAACCGGUUUACCAUUAGGUGUUGCCAAGUUUCAAAUUCAUGGCUUGUUAAGUAAAGGUGGCUAUGGUGGGGUAAACUUGCCUGAGAUUGGACCAAUUACAAACAAGCAUCACGGCGCAGUAAAUUUGAAUUACUCCUUGUCUAAAAACAGGUUAUAGUGUACUGACUUAAAAUUUGCGAAAAUAAUCUAGAACAUCUCAAUCUCACAGUGAUUUUUCUCUCUACGUUACAUUUAUUUAUUUCCAGCGUAUAUAUUUAUCUUUGUAAUAAGUUUGGUAUUUUUAAAAUUAUUAUUAGGUAACAAUUUUUAAGGAUUUCUGUGGUAAGUCCGCAGAAAUGUAUGAUUAAGAAAAAUUUAAACAAAGUUACCUAUUUCGAAGGAAUUACUUUUUGAGAUUCAAUUUUAUAUGUUAGUAGUUAAAAAAUAUUAAAUUUAUUACGUUCUUGUUCCAUAGAUAACGAAUAAAGUUACCAAUUUUUUUUA